CGGAAGUUGAAUGGAACUCAUUCUAUAGCUGAAUCUUGACUCGUUCGGACGUGUGUCGCAUAAUUACGAAAUGGAAAUUAGUGACAGUGUUAAUAUCUACAAGAAGCGUGGUCGCCCUAAAAAGGUAAUCACAUCUUUAAUAGAGAAAAAAAAACGUGGUCGCCCUAAAAAGGUGAUCGCAUCUUUAACUGUGGAAAAAAAAUGUGUUUCCCCGACAAACAUUGGUGAAAAUGCGCAACUUGCGUUACAUAAAGGGCGUGUUCGUUCCGAUAGCGUUCCGAUUCCGAUAGUUCCUAAACCGAAUCGUCAAAAUGGUGGAACUGUAUCACGUGAACUGCGCAGUGGCUUUCGAAAUAAUAUUGGAAUGAAAGACCAAAAUAUUGAACCUGCAUCACGUAAGCUGCGCAGUGGGUUUCGAAAUCUUGAACCAAAGAAACCAAAUGGUGAAACUGCAGCACGUAAAAUGCGCAGUUGCGUGUCAAAAAUGGAAAAGGUUCGUGGAAAGUCUGGAAAAUCAGUACAUCGACUAGCAAAUGUUCGUAAACCCAAAGUGCAAAAUAUUCAUAAAAGUCGUGGAAAUGCAUCACAUAAAAUGCGCAGUAGCUUGACAAAUUUUCCUGAACCGACUGCGCCAAAUGGUAAUGAAUAUGGAGGACUUGUAUUACUUAAAAAGCGCGUUUGUCCCCCAAAAAUCCACAAACCAAAAGCAGAAUGCGUCAGUAAAAAGGAUAUUAUUUUAGUACCUACAAUUCGUGAAACAGGACAAAAUGUACAUGAAGAUGAGGUGAGUCAUGAAGUAGAAGGACAAAAUGUGCAUGAAGAUGAGAUGAGUCGUGAAGCAGAAGGACAUGAAGGUGAGUCUGUAGUACAAGUGAAAGCGCGAAAUAAUCGUAAAUGUGGUCAAAACAAAUUACUUAAAAAAGGCGGUCGCCGCCCAAAAAUUGAUAAACAGAAUUCGCGCAAUGUUCGUAAAUAUAAUAGACGUCAAUUACCUAAAAAUGGCGUUCGGCUUCUGGAAUUCCGUGAAACAGAAAAUGUUAGUGGAAAUAAAGAAUGUGUACUACCUAAAAGGCGAAUUGGACCUGUAAAAAAUCAUAAACCCAAAGCGAAAAGAAUUCGUGAAGCAAAAACGGAAUAUAUUCCUAAAAAUGAUGAACCAGUCCUACCGAAAAGGCGCGGUCGCCCACCAAAACAUCAUAUAGUAAAAAGUCAAAACGAUCAAGAAAACUAUAAGACUUCAGUAUCCACAAAAUGCAGUUCUCUUCCCACAUCACAGGAAUUUAAUACACGAAACACUUUUGCAGUACCGAAAAAACGUGGUCGUUCUCCAAACAUGCAAGAAACGAAUACACAAAACGUUCAUGACUGUAAUCAAUCGGUAGCGAAAAAAUGUCGCCUUUCAAAAAGCUCUCAAAAUUUUAAUGAAAGUGCAUCUGCAUUGUGCAUGGAUCUCAUGCCUAAAAAGCUUGGUCGUCCCCGAAAAAUCAAUACAACAAAUGUAGAAAAUACCAGCAAAGAUCGUAAACCGGCAUUACUUAAAAAACAAAUUCGUCAGCCAAAAAUCCAAAAUAUUAGUGGAAGUGAUGCAUCGUCCAAAGAGGGCACUUGUCCCCCAAAAAUACAUGAUACAGAACCACAAAACGCUCGUGAAAACAGGAAACCUUUAUUGACUAAAAAGCCUAGUCGCCCUCGAAAAAUCAAAGAAGCAAGUACAAAAAACAGUGAAAUUCUAUUGCCUAAAAAGCUUGGUCGUCCCCGAAAAAUUCCUGAAGGGAAAACAAAAAAUGCCCGUAAAAAUCGUAAGCCGGCACAAAUUAGCAAGCCAACUGCGCAAAGUGUUAAAAGUGGUAGAUCUGUGAUACCCAAAAACCCUGUGCAGCCAAAAAAAAUGUUUAAGGUAGACGCUGCCAUUGAUGACACUAAAAACAGCCACUUCGUCAGAAUUGCUAAUGGAAAUGUUAAUGGUGGUGGCAUAGGGAAGAAGCAUGAUAGGACGCUAAAACUUAAAUCCCAUAAAGAUGUGAAAAAUUGUGAAAAACAGACCGCUAGGAACGUCAGAUGUAAGAUGCCAUACACUGUGGACUUCAAUGAGCAUGUAACCCCUAGAUUAACUAGAGCGAAUAUCAACAGCCUAAAGCAGCGUGUGACUCGAUCAACUCCUGCGAAUAUCAAACGUUUGGAAAAGAGUGUGAUAUCCCCAUCAGUUAGUAGAAAACGCCUAAGUCAGCGUAUGGAAAGCCAAUCAACUUCUGCGAAUAUCAAACGUUUGCGAAAGAGGGUGAUAUCCCCAUUAGUCAGUAGAAAACGCCUAAGUAAGCGUAAAAGUAGUUUAUCAACUGCUGAUAAUAUCAAAAGACUAAACGAGGGUUUGAUGGACUCAUCACUUAGUGCGAGAAUUUCAGAAUGUGAAACAGCCAUUGAUGAACACGUGGAGAUUGAAGAUAUUUCUAAUUCAAUUUCUGUUCCAGAAUGUCAAACAUGCAUUGAUAAAGACGGGAAAAUUAGAGAUAUAUCUCAAACAUUUGAAGACGAAAUGUACGUUGAGGAAAUACCUAAACAGUGGGAACUUCAAAGAGUCGAAGCGUCGCAACCUGCGAAUUAUGAAUUCGAAAUAUCAACACUAACUAAACAAUCUGAUACCGGUAUUUAUGAGUUGGAAAUAACUCAUAAGUCAAAUUCAGGUAACACAUUAACUGCAGAGGACGUGCCCGUGCCCUUAACCAAAGUUAUAAUGUGUGCCUUUUGCAAUGUAGUGUUUUCACCUGCCAAUGUUAGUACAGUGCAGUCGCAUAUUUUGGGUCACUUUCGCAGCAUCACAAAUGCUAUUUAUUGGAUUACAUACUGGGACAUGAGACGUAUUAUGAAAAAUGAAGAUUUUAUAAAUAAAAAUUCGGAAUGCUAUUCGGUGCGGUCAAUAUAUCAAUGUGAAUUUUGUCCCAUGACAUUCAUAAGAAAAUCAAAUACAAUUGCUCACGCUAUACAACAUCAUCAGUAUAGUAAGAUUCAGAAUCAAAAAGAUUAUUCCUUUGGAUUCCCUGGCGCAGAAAUUACUUAUGUUAUAUGCAAUGUAUGUUACAUGCACUUCACAAGCUUAGAUAUUCUAAAAACUCACCGUAUUAUGGAAAAGCACUAUUUUUUAUUGCUGGAUGAGAACAAAAAGUGCACACUGGGAUGUCUUUUCUGCAAAAAAUAUUUUACGCAGUACAGCAAUUUCAUAGAACAUACAAUAAAUGAACAUGCUCAAAAAAUGAAUUGUAUAGGAAAUCUUAAUGUGUUUGUAACAUCCACUUCAUCGGUUGACAACUCACAAACAGAUAUGUCUUUGGUUGACGAGACUAUAGAUAACAAUAAGACGCAGACGGGUUUAAAGUUGCCGGCUGACAAGUCACAAAUGAAAGUACAGUCUAUAUCUCUGUUGGAUGAAAGUUUGGAUCACAAUAAGAUGCAGACGAACUUAGAAUUGCCGACUAAUAAAUCGGAAAUAAAUGCAAAGAUUACAUCUUUGGUGGAUGAAAGCUUAGGUGAAGAAAAUCACAAUAAGAAGCAAACGGGUCCAAAAUUGCCGGCUGACGAGUCACAAAUAAAAUCAGAGACUGUAUCUUCCUCUGAUGAAAGUUUGGAUCACAAUACGAUGCAAACGGGUCCAAUAUUACCGCCUGACAAGUCACAAAUUAAAGGACAGUCUAUAUCUUCCUUUGAUAAAUUAUUUGAUCGCAAUAAUACGCAGACGGGCUCAAAGUUUCUGGCUGACAAGUCACAAAUGAAAGCACAGACUGUAUCUAUCUUUGAUGAAAUUUUUGGUAAAGAGAGUAAUUGUCAAUAUAAACUUGGAUAA